AUGAAUUACAUUAACAAUCAAUAUCAACUAAUAAAGAAAUUAUCAGCCGGUAGUUAUGGAGUAGUAUAUGAAGGUGAGGAUAUUCAAAAUAAGACUUCUGUUGCUAUCAAAAUUGAGAAAAAGGAAAAACCUUAAACUUUGGAAAGAGAAGUCUAAGUCUUAUCUCGAUUGUAAAAAAUUACAGGAAUCCCUUAAAUUUAUUGGAGUGGAACUCAUAAUGGAUAAAAUAUUCUUGUUAUGCAAUUAUUAUCUAAGGAUUUGGGAUACUAUUUAAAGGAGUAUCGAAAAUUCAGUCUCAAAACAGUCUUAAUGAUUGCAGAUUAAUUAUUAUAAACUCUAAGGAAUAUUCAUUAGAAAUCCAUUUUGCAUAGAGAUUUGAAACCUGAAAAUCUUAUGUAUCAUUAAAGAUAAGUUUACAUUGUAGAUUUCGGUAUUAGCAAGAUAUAUAGAGAUAGUAAUCAAAAACAUAUGUAAUAUUGAACAUACAUAACUUAUAGACCUUUUAGAGAUGGUCGACCAUUUGUAGGAACUACUCGAUAUGCUCCUAUUGCUGCUCAUAAAGGUCAUGAAUUGAGUAGAAAAGAUGAUCUUGAAACAUUAAUUUACAUUCUAGUUCUAUUUUUGAAAGGGUAUAAUUAAAUGGUUAAUUUAGAUAUAAAGAGUUCUACCAUGGCAAAACUAGAUUCUUUAAAAUAAUAAAGAGAAAUAAAAAUUGAUUGGUGAGAAAAAGAUUAAGUUAGGCUCGACUGAAAUUUGUUAAGAUUUACCAAUAGAAUUCUAAAAAGCUUUAGAGUAAAUAAUAAAUAUUUAUAUGAGUCAUAUAAAGAGUGUUGGUUUCUCAGUUGAACCUGAUUACGAAUAUUUAAUAAAUUUAUUUAGGAAAUUAGGUUAAAGACAUGGUUUUGAGUAUGACAAUUUAUUUGAUUGGUGUAAAGAAGAAGACAUAAUUGCUCAAGCAAAAAUGAUGCAAUAGAGUGAGAAAAUAUAGCAUUUUUCACUUAAAUGGUAAAUAUCAGAAAUAAAACAUAUUUAGUCAAUCUUUAUAAAUUCCUUCUACAAUGGAAUGUAUAGAAAAAAAAGUAUCAUCCAUUUCUAACAUCAUUUAAAAUCCUAUGCAGAUUUCAUAAAGUGCAGUUAUAGUUGAGAUUAAUUCUGAAGGAGGAACUCUUUCAGAUGAUAGUACAAACUAUCUAUAUAAUAAUUAUUAACAAUUAGAAAACUUUUCAAAUUUAUACAAAAAUCAUCUCUAGAUUAUGAAAGAAAAAUGA